AUGUUACCCGGUGCUUCUCGACACCAUGGCAAUACUACAGGAGCACGCAACAAUAGCAACAAACCUAAACGACCCACGAUACCAACAACAACAUCAUCCUCAUCACAUGCAAGUGGUCGACCUGUAGAAGAUCCAACAACCUUUGGCCGUCAGGUGCCUUUCCACUGUCAACCAUCACCACCUACAUUGAGUGGAUCCGUCUCUUCAACAACAUUAAGCGGUGGUGGUGGUGGUGGUGGUGGUGGCAGUAGCAACAACAACAAUACCAGAGGACAUCAUCGAAGUGCUUCAGGAAGUGAUUAUGAUAGUGGAACCUCUUCAUUGCAUCAUCAUCAUCAUCAUCCAUCGUAUGAUUCCAAUAUUCCAACAAAGGACAAAAAGAAGACUUUAUUUCGCUUUGGAAGAAAGAAAGGUCCACCAACAACUCUAUCACAAUCACCCUCCACCACUACUUUGCAUGGCAGCAGUACAGCUACUCCACGACAUCGACAUAAGCGAUCCUAUGACUUUGAUUAUCGACAACCCCAUCCAUUAGAUAAUACGUCCAACUUUGAUGAUCGAUCCAUUUAUCACACUGUUCAUGGCAGCAUAUCGUCUGGCGGCAGUAGUAAUCCAUUCUGUCAUCGUAAAUCACCAUCGUAUGGGUAUCGGAAGGGCAAGGAUCGUGAACGAUCGGAUGGCAGCGUUUCCAGUUUUACCAAAAGUACACGCUCUGACAGUGGAUUCAAAUCAAAGGCAUGUGUCCCUCGCGCGUCGAAAGCAAUAACCAAAGGCUAA